AUAUAUAUAUAUACACACACAUGCAUGACACUAAUCUAAGCACAAGCAACUUUCUCUAUCUUUAUUAAAUUCCAAAAUCAUGGAGAAAAUCAAGUACACAGUAGAGCUUGCAUUGUUUGUUGCUCUCAUUUUCAUGCUUAACGGCAUCAACCAAAUUACAUCAUCAUCAUUAGCUGCAGAGAAAAACCAAGAGCAUGAGAAUGAAAACUUAAUGACAUACAUUGUUCAUGUCAAAAAGUCAGAAAAUGCUGCUACCCUUCAAUCACAAGAUUUACAUGAAUGGUUCCAUUCAUUCCUUCCACAAACCUCUCACAAAAACAGAAUGGUUUUCACUUACCGCAACGUAGCCUCUGGAUUUGCAGUGAAGUUGACACCAGAAGAAGCCAAAUCUCUUCAAGAGAAAGAGGAAAUUGUGUCAGCAAGACCUGAAAGGAAACUUUCAUUACACACAACUCACACUCCAACUUUCUUGGGUCUAAAACAAGGACAAGGUUUGUGGAAUUAUGAUAACCUUGGAAAAGGUGUCAUAAUUGGCAUCAUAGACACUGGUAUAAAUCCUUUUCAUCCAUCUUUCAACGACGAGGGAAUGGCGCCGCCGCCUGCAAAAUGGAAAGGCUAUUGUGAAUUCACAAGAGGCAGAACAUGCAACAAUAAGCUCCUAGGUGCAAGAAAUUUAGUCAAAAGUGCAAUGCAAGAGCUUCCAAAUGAAGACGUUUUUCAUGGAACACACACUGCUGCUGAGGCUGCAGGAAGAUUCGUCGAAGAUGCAAGUGUUUUUGGGAAUGCUGGAGGUGUAGCAGCUGGUAUGGCACCUAAUGCUCACAUAGCAAUUUACAAAGUUUGUACUAUAAUAGAUGAAAUUGGUUGCCCUGAAAGUGCUAUUUUAGCUGCAAUGGAUAUGGCUAUUGAAGAUGGUGUAGAUGUUCUUUCUCUUUCACUUGGUUUAGGAUCUCUUCCAUUUUUUGAAGACUCAAUUGCAAUUGGUGCAUUUGCAGCCACUCAAAAUGGAAUCUUUGUCAGUUGUUCAGCUGGAAAUUCUGGCCCUGAUUACAGCACUCUCUCAAAUGAAGCUCCAUGGAUCCUCACCGUCGGUGCAAGCACAAUUGACAGAAAAAUAGUAGCAUCAGCAAAGCUAGGAGAUGGAGAGGAAUAUGAAGGUGAAACACUUUUCCAACCCAAGGACUUUUCUCAACAAUUAUUUCCACUUGUUUAUGCAGGUUCAUACGGAAACUCAAACCAGUCAGAGACACAAACUAGUGAUCAGUCCUUGUGUUUUCCAGGAUCCUUAAAAAACGUUGAUCUAAGAGGAAAAGUAGUGUUAUGUGACGCAGGUGGAGGUAUACCAAGUGAUUUAAAAGGACAAGAAGUUCUAAAUUCAGGUGGUGUAGCAAUGAUCCUUGCAAAUCCAGAAGAACUUGGUGUCAGCACUUUUGCUACUCCUAAUGUUCUACCAGCUGUUGAAGUGAGUUAUGCAGCUGGUUUAUCAAUCAAAUCUUACAUAAACUUAACCAACACACCAACAUCAACAUUGUUAUUCAAAGGAACAGUAAUCGGCGAUUCACUUGCACCUUCUGUUGUUACAUUUUCUUCUAGAGGUCCAAACCAAGAAAGUCCCGGAAUUCUAAAACCAGACAUCAUAGGACCUGGUGUCAACAUUUUAGCAGCAUGGGGUAUCUCAGUAGACAACAAAAUUCCACCAUACAACAUUGUUUCCGGAACUUCAAUGUCUUGUCCGCACCUAAGUGGAAUUGCUGCAUUGCUCAAAAGUUCUCACCCUGAUUGGUCUCCGGCUGCUAUAAAAUCGGCAAUCAUGACAACUGCUACUACAAAAAACCUUGCUGGUUUACCUAUAAUGGAUCAAAGGCUUUUACCUGCCGAUGUUUUUGCAACUGGUGCGGGACAUGUUAACCCUGUUAAAGCAAAUGAUCCAGGUCUUGUUUAUGAUAUAAAACCAGAAGAUUAUGUUUCUUAUUUGUGUGGUUUGGGUUAUUCUGAUAAAGAAAUUGAAAUUAUUAUACAGUGGAAAGUGAAUUGUUUUGAUGUGAAAAGUAUAGCAGAAGCAGAACUUAAUUAUCCUUCAUUUUCUAUUCGGUUGGGUUCUGAUUCACAGUUUUAUACAAGAACUUUGACUAAUGUUGGACCUGUGAAUUCAACUUAUAGAGUGAAAAUUGAGGAGCCUUUGGCUUUGGGAAUGAGUGUAAAUCCUACUGAAAUAACAUUUAGUGAAGUGAACCAGAAGGUUAGUUACUCAGUGGAUUUUAUACCACAAGGUAAAGAAAAUAGAGGGAACGCUACUUUUGCUCAGGGUUCUAUCACUUGGGUAUCUGAUAAACAUGCUGUUAGAGUCCCCAUAUCUGUUAUUUUCAAGUGAUUUAUAUAUGUGCAU